UCGUACCGAGAGCGCAUUCCCACACCAUGUACCGCUCGAAGGAGCUCAAUAAGAACAUCGCCAAGAGCUACCUCAGCGUUGGCGACCCGUACCGCGACCCGCACAUCAUUGAAGGCAAGAGCGACCGGCACAAGAGCAAGCAAUUCCAGACCGCGCCAGCAAAAGACACGUGCGAUGGGAAAGGGUACUUUGAGAGGAAGAUAUAUGCGUCGGAUCCUCUCGUCGACGGCGUCAUGUACCUCAAGACGCAGCCACCCGAGACGCGGAAGGCCGGAUUUGGCACCAAAGACGCGAGUCGACGCGACGAGUUUAUGAGCCACGUACGCACCGAGCAGUACCGCGAGACGUUGCACCGGGAAGACACGAUCGCGCAGACCGGUAUCGCCAAGCACCGGGCGACGCACCCGGACGAGGAAGACGAGGAUGCCAUCGACGCCAAGCACCAGUUUCCCGAAGGUCUCAAGGAAACCAAGUUCCUCUACGACAUUGGGCGCACCCAAGUGACCGAGUUCAACCAAAAGAGCCACCGGGACACGUUCUACACGCUCCGGACGGGCAACUCGCAGUUCCGGCGCAAUAAUGGCCACUUCGUGCUCAGCUCCGAGUCCGUCGGCGUCGGCGCGUCGCAAGUCGGCAACAAUGGCACCCACGCCCGCAACGCGUGCACGAAGCAAUUUUACGACCAUAGUCACCUGCACACCUAAACACUUCCACUCUCCUAUCUUGAAAACACAAUGAUGUCAACAAGGGAUUUGACCACG